AUGCAAUGGUUCUCAGAAGGUCCUGGAUACUGGAUGGACCUGUUUGAUCUCGGCAAUCACUUCGCAUCUCAUGUUCCCGUACAGGCGCGUGAGAACCCACUACUCAGGUACGCAGCUGCUGCAUGUGCUGCGAAGGCUUUCGCACGCAUCCAGGAACGUAAGCUUGCCAUGGGAGGUAGUUUGACACACCAAGCUGGGAUGAAGCAGUAUCCUGACGCACCAUCAGUCGACUGGAAGCACAAAACAGCAUUCUACUACGACACCACCGUAUCAAUGCUGUUGCACGCUCUCAAUGGGGAGAUCGCCUCCUCUUCCAAUGAAUCAAUGUGUGAACUCAGACAGCGCAAUAGCGAUCCAGCCUGCGCCUACAACGUAUCAGCGCCCAAGCGACGACGGACUUCACACAACACCUCCUUCGUGUCUAGCACUGAAGAACUUCUGGCAGUCAUAGCCAUUCUUUGUUUUUACGAGUUCUUGGACACGUCCGUCUCAGAAUGGGAGAGGCAUCUAGAGGGUGCAAUAUCUUUCCUGGUGCUUUCACAAGAGCACAACAGGUCAUUGCAAUUACCGAACUUGGUAUCAUCAAUAUCCUCAGCUAGCUCCAAACUCGCCUCCAAAGCUCAGAGAGUAGUCUUCUGGAACAUUGCUAGACAGGAUAUGCUUGCAGCUUUCAUCAACAAGACAAGCACAAGGCUUGGUACUGACGACCUAACACUAUGGAGAAGAGCCGGUCUCAUGCUUGAUGAGCAGGCUUACAUCAUGCCCAGCAACGCGGCGGUAUACGGCUAUUUCGAGGAAGGCGAUGCCAUGAUAAGGGAAGAACUUAUAUGCAACACCCUUGUUUGGCUCAUGGCCAAGCUAGUCAACUUCAUGGCUGUGGGCAGCGUAACUCCUGACAAAGCUGACGUGGCUUGGGGCGGUAUUGCCUACCGCACCCGUUCCUUCCAGUGGCUUGGUCUACGAAAACAGUUCCAGGUCUGGCAUGAAGGCCUUCCAGUCAGCUUCAGGCCCUCUGCCAGGGUAGCUCCUUCGCACACAUCUGGUCAGGCCUCGAAUGACGACAACGCUUCUAUGUUCACCGAGGCCUGGCACUCCAUGCCCAUGUGCGUCUCGACCAUGCAAACUUACUACAUGUCUCAGAUUCUCCUAUCCAUGAAUAAGCCGCAUGAGUCUGCUCUAGAACGCAAUACUGAGGUCAUUCGCAUGGACUACCACCAAUCCGUUCUGGUCGCCUGCCAAAACCACAGCCGUAGAAUUAUUGGCAUCUCGCUCGCGCAACCAGACAAAGCGGUUCGGAUCUACUCAAUCCAACCCUUGUUCACUGCGGGUCAGUGUCUUAGUGACGAUCGAGAACGUCGGAUUGUUUUACGUCUUCUGCGAGACAUUGAAUCUGACACUGGCUGGGCCACGGAUUACCGAGUGCGGCAACUGGUAGAGCAAUGGCAAAGAACGAAACCAGACAGUCAGGCACUAUGGUCGGACAGCCGAUGA